CACGUCUUUUUUUUUCGCUUUUCCAUAGCGUUAGACGUUUAGCAUUGCCAGAUCUGUUUGGCAGACGGAAUUACGUCAAUUCCGAUUCUGCGACGUGAACCUUCUCAGGUUCCCGUCUUAUAUGGUAGCAAGAGACGUGUUUCUCCAGGAUAAUCUGAAGUUUUUCCCCGUCCAGCUGACGGAGUGUGUGGAGUGUGCGAGGAAGGGCUCGCUGACGAAGCAGUCGGAGAAGGAGCUUGGAUCUCGACAGCAGAUCUGACGAGGUGCAUCUCUACGGCAGUAGAGUGCACUGAAGCUGAUCUGACGCGAGUGGGGCUACGGCAGUAGUUCUGCUCGGAGGGGCACAAGCGCCGAAAAAGAUUGCCACAAGAGGCAGAAGCCCGAAGGGGGGCACGAGUGGGCAAGCCACUUUUUGGUCUGUCGGGUGUGGAGUUUCAGGUGCUACCCUACGGCAGUAGGGCGCACACAUCAUACGCGCUCCCCCAAAAGGGUGGUCGAGCGCCCCUGCUGCAGCUAACGCCACGGCUCAGCAGAAGACCCGCAGCCAGCACGUCAUUUGGUCGACGCACCGCUGCGUCCCGUUGAUACGAAACGGAAGGGGUUAGUGGCUGGCCCAGGAGAAGUCAGCUAAAUCGCUGGAGGAAUUGGAGGAAUCGCGGAAAGGACGCGCAAGAUCGAUUUCUGGAUCACGGAGACGAUCAGGACAGUGCUUGUUUCUGUUCACGUGUAAAAAGUCACAUAAACAUAAUCUAACACACGUGUGAGAAACCUUGACAGCAUCGUCCAAGUUAUCCGAUCACCAAACUAAAGAUGGAUCAAGAUAGAGACGGUAAUGAACCGAUCUCCACCGGCAGUUCACAAGGAAAAGGGUCUCAGAAUUCCUCGCAAGGUGCGAGUGAUCCUUACAAAAGGAAAUUGAAGCCGUUUACACGGCCAGUGGAACACGAUCGAACGACUCGAGCUCCGAAAGCCUUUGAGAGGAAGGACUCUAAAGGAUCAGAAGCCACUUACCAGAAGGCUCUGAAAGAAACGCAGAAUGUUGAGAGCUCGAGCGAUGAGAAGGGAAACUCCGGACGUCAAAACGGAGAUAAUACGGUGGACCAGUCAAAGGUCACCGACGGGAGAACGGUAGCUAAUGGACAGAUUCAAGCAGACCUGACGGUCGAGACCGGAGGAAUGUCACGGUCGGCCGAAAAGGUCAAGGAAGAAAACGCAGAUCAGUCAAAGAAGGGCGUGAACGAAGUCAGUCAAAAGGUCACCGAACGGGGUGACGAGGUCAACAGCAAUCAGCUGUUAGACGCAGAAAAGGUCAAGCCGGAUGACCUUUCGGAUGACUCGAUGACCUUUAAGAGGCUGGAAGAGAAGGGAACCAGCCCAGCAUCAAACGAUGAAAGAUACUUUACGGACGAUGAAGACGAGACAAUGCAGAUGUCAUUUCACACUGCAAUGAAAGAAGCUGAACAAGCUGACGAAAUCCUGCAGAUGACCUUUAACGAAAAGUCGGAAGAAACCUUUAUGGGAACGGCGUCAGGAAAGGCUGACAACGAAAGGUCACCGACCCCUAAAACUCCCGCAUCAACAGAUUCGAAGCGACGAGUUCGAGAGUUAGAAUUACAACUCGAGAACAAAGAUGAGCAAGCAUUCGCCGCAGUACGGGAGCAAAGGAACAAAACCAUCGAAAUGGAACCAAGAGUGUUCGUAUUAGAACAAGAAAAGGUCACGCUGGAAGAUGAAAUGCAGCAGUGGAAAGUCAGAUAUGAAGUGCAGAAGCAAAUGGCAGAAGAACUGAAGAAAAUGGUUGACGAUAAGGAUUUGGAAGGCAUACUCGCCGUCGAAGACCUCAACAACAGCCUGUCCGAAGAGUCAGCCGAAAGGUCACGGGAGAUAGCGGAAUUGAAAGAACAGUGUGACCUUUUGAAGUCAAAGGUCAUGGAAGUUGAAACUCAGCGCGAUGAAUGUCUGUCAAACGCAACAAAGGUCACGGGAAGGGUAGCUAGCCUGACAGCAGACAUUACGGAGCUAAUGAAAGAUCUCAAGACAUACGAAGAAAACAAUCAAAAGCUACAGAUGGAAUUGAAUGAAAGGAAGAAGAAACAAGGAGAGACAGAAAAACAGAGAGAUCGAGCCGCGCAAAAACUCCAGGAACUCAGCGAGAAAACGAAAGCGGAAGUCAAGCGGUUGAGUGACGAAGUUCAAGGUCACAAAAAGGAAUCUCAGAGAUGGAAGACGCAAGCACAACUGCUCGACGAACGGGUCACGGUGCUUGAAGUUGAGAACAGAGAAGGGCAAGUUCUCAACAGCAAGCAGAAGCAAGACAUCGCCAAGCUUGGGAGUGACCUUUUGGGUAUGACGACUCUGGUGAUGACAAGAGACGAUGAAUUGGCUACGGUGAAAGAGCAGCUAAUCUCAGCUGGAAGGCAGCAUGAGAAGCUUGAAAAAGCGAUGCAGAAGUUGAAAGAAGAUAAAGAAGCCUACGAGGAGGGCGAGAAUGACCGAACCCUCUCAAUCCAUGGCGAGAUGAAAAAGGUGGAGCACAUUAAGGCAGAGAAUGUCAGCCUUAAGAAGGAAAGAGAUGACCUUUCUGGAAAGGUCAAGAAGCUAGAAGAUCAGAAUAACGCUCUUCUAAUAUCAUUGAAACAUAAAGAUGAGCAACUCAGCAAAUAUGAACCGCAAAAGCAGGGAAGGUCACCAACUCCUCCACCGAAGUACGGCGACGCUACCGAAAUUCAUACUCACGAGUUCAGCGCAACCUUCCAGAUGCCCGAAAAGACAGGAAUGGGGAACGGAAGAGGCACUGAACCUCCUAAAAGGGAAUCCGAGAAAAGGUCAACCGAACGUACGAAGGGGUACCCGGGACCAUUCUUUGGCGGAUCAUCACACCAGACAGGGCCAAGUUACAGCGAUGAUCCACGACAAUUUGAAGAAACCACCGUCCACCGAGAACCGGAAAACACGGAAGGUCACCGUGAUCAACAACCAGAGCAGGACGGUUUCGCACAACACGGAGAACGACGAGAAAGGGAUGAACGCGCGCAACUCCGAGCCGAACAAGAACGUCUAAGACGAGAACAAUAUGAGUUCCGUGGAAUAGUGAAGCAGAUGGGUAGAAAAUCAAAUCUGGUGGACUACAACGGCAACCGAGACAGUCUUCUCGGUUGGAUCCGCCAAGUCAAGGAAACGAAAAGGGCAUUCCGGAUGAGUGACGAAGAGGUCAUACUCGAAGUCGCCAACGUGGUUAAAGGGGAUGCAAAAGUCUGGUUCGAUGGGGAACGAGAAAUCCUCGGAGAAGAGAAUGAUGAGAUGACGGUCGACGAAUGGAUGACCAAAUUCAAGGAAGAGUUCGGCGAUCGAGACGAAGGGGUCCUCGCCUUACGCGAAGCAAUGGCUAGGAAGUUCAAAGUUGGUGAAGAAUCGCUGGAUCAGUUCUAUCAAGCGAUGAUGCGCUUCAAAUCAAAGAAAACGAUCACGGAAAAGCAGGCGAUCGCUUUCUUGAUCGACGGAUGCAAGAGCGACAGUGACCUUUACAAAGCAAUGAGAGCUCGAACAUUCGAGACUCCGGCGGACAUCAAAGAAUUUUUCCACACAUGGUCGGCGGGAGAAGACAAAUAUAAGGUCACGCGAGGCAAUCGGAACCGAGAUGACUAUGUUGUUAUUCGGUCAGGUCAGGUGGCAGAAGUCGCGAAUGGGCGACAAAACCAACCCCCGCCACCACAAGCACCACGGUAUGAUGCGGAAUUCCCGGCAAUGAACAACCAAGAGGUGACCUUUAGCAAUGAACGGAACGAACGGAAUGAAGGUCAGAUAUCGUACGCGACGAUCGCGGCGAUACAGACAGCAGUGCAAGAGGUCACCCGACCAACAAUCGCAGCAGCGGUUCAAGCGGUCCAAGAAGUGACCAGGCCAACUAUUGCGGCCAUCCAAGCGGCAGCCCAGCAAGUGGCUAGACCAGCACAGAAUGUGCAAGGAAAUACGCAAGGAAAUGCCCUGAAUGGAGGGUUCGCGGGUCAAGGAAUGGCACAAGCAAAUCCUGGCUUCGCUGGCCAAGGAUUCAACGGUGGCGGAAGAGGCAAUCGCGGACAGCAAGGGAACCAGGUUACCCGAUAUGCGUCGCGAAUGGAAAGACUCUUCACGAUGAUCGAUGGAUGGGUGGCAAAUAACGCGCUGACAUGCCAGAACUGCAUGUACGGCAACCACCACACGCAAGGAUGCUCAUUCGCGGGCACACCAUGGAACCAAAACCCGAACCGAAUUGUGUAUGAGGAAUGGCUGCAGCUGCGCAACCAAGGUGGUUGGCGGCAAGCGAUGGCGAAUGGUUACGUCCCACAAGCACGACAAGGUGGGCGAUAUGCAGGUCAAGGUGGCCAAUGGAAUAAUGGAGGUCAAGGUGGCCAAGGGAACUUUGCCGGUCAAGGUGACCAGGGCAAUUACGGAAAUCAAGGUGGUGGCCAAGGUAACUUCGCCGGUCAAGGUGGCCAAGGCGGAGGAUACGGCCAGUAUGGCCCGGCUCGCGGAGGCUUCAGAGGAAGGGGCAGAGGCUUCGGCCGCGGAGGUAACCGUGGUUACGGCUAUGCCGGCCCGGGCCAAGGAGGCGGUAACGGUAAUUACGGAGGUCAAGGUGGCCAGGGUAAUUACGGUGGUCAAGGUGGCCAGUGGAACGGUGGUGGUCAAGGCGGCCAAGGAAACUUCGCUGGUCAAGGUGGCCAGUGGAACGGUGGUGGUCAAGGCGGCCAAGGAAACUUCGCUGGUCAAGGUGGUCAGUGGAACGGUGGUGGUCAAGGUGGCCAAGGAAACUUCGGUGGUCAAGGCGGAGGAUUUAACUUCGCCCCGGCGAAUGGUGCCGGCCAGGCGCAAGGUGCGCCGCAGCAGGGCAUGAAUCAGGGAAACGAACCGAAACCACCGGACAUAGGAGAGCAAGGUGCUCCGCCGCAGGGAAGGACCACGGCGCAGAAAGAGAAUGGUGAAAGGUCACCAAAGAUACGGAAAAGAAAUCCGAAGCUUCGAGAAAGUAACUCGAAAGCGAGCGAAGGGGCUCUGAAAGGUGAUGGCAAGGCUAUCAAAAGAUUACCGCAAGGACGGAAGAAUUUGGCCGAAAGGUCACCGCAGAAAGUAACUGCGGAACGUCAAGAAAGUAACUUGGCGCAGCCGGGGCUGACCGAAAGGUCACCGCAGAAAGCAACUGCGGGCAACAGGGUUGACGGAAGGGCCUCAACUCUGCAUCCGGAUCAGCAGAAAGAAACUGCAACGAAAGGUCACGAAAGUAACGUGACGCUGCAAGGACAGCAGACCCAAAGGUCAUCGCAGGAAGUGACUGCGAGGAAAGGUCACGAAAGUAACGCGACGCCGCAAGGACAACAGACCCAAAGGUCAUCGCAGGAAGUAACUGCGAGGAAAGGUCAUGAAAGUAACGUGACGCCGCUGCAAGAACAGCAGACCGAAAGGUCACCGCCUCAAACAGAGAGCGAGACGACGAAGAGGAAGAAAUACUUCGCAAAGACAGUAGCAAGGGUUAAAGCCGCAGAUUCGGAAGAAGAGGAUGAUGAAGCACAUCACGAGAAAUUCCGGAAGUUCGUCGAAAAGAAGUUUGAAGAAGACGGAAUAACUAUGACAGUGCGACGCACGCACGAAGACGGCCCAGAUAAACCGAAAUUCUUCGAGCAUAUGAAAGAAACACUCCAGAAGAAAAAAGCUGCUGAGAAAGGUCACGAAAAGGGUGUGACAGCGCAAGGAGCGCAAGAGACCGAAAGGUCACCUCAAGAGAGAGAAGAAGUGAAAGGUCACGAGAGACAGCCAGUGCAAGAGACUCAACAGUCACUGAAAGAGAAAGGUCACGGUGAAGUCGCCGUUGAACCAAAAGGUCAAGAAAGUAACUUGACUCUGCGAAUGGCGCAGCAAGCAGUGAAAGUUGGAGAAGGGGCACAGCAAGUCUCAGACGACUCUCUUGAAUCAGCAAAUAAGUUGCAGCAAAAGAUGGAGUGGCAAAAGGUCACCUACAGACGACAUGGCAUGUGGAAACAAGUUCCUCUGCCACAAAGGUCACCGCAAGAUGCGAGAAUUUCCAGAGAAGCUUACUGGGAAGAAAGAGAGAAACAAGAUUGGCGAGCGAGAAAGCAUCUCGAGGAACUCGUAAAAGCCUCUCAACCAAAGGUCAAGGAAUAUCGAGAAGCAAAAGAGAAAAUGGACGAAGAAAACCGUCAGUUUCAAGAAAGGAUGGAAAAGGGUGAAUUACCGCCGCAAUACGGCGAGAAAGUGCCUUUACAAAGGUCACCAAAUGGCGGAUUUUUCAUGUCUCGACGAGAAAGGUCACCGGACUUAGCGAAAAUUCCACAAAAGGAAAGGUCAUACGACUUUGCGCAAGCACUCCGGAAUAACAAAGAAAGGUCACCGCCCACAACUGACGGAUUAUCAUCACAAGUCGAUCCAACCGAAGAAAUAAACAAGAAAUUCAGAGAAUGGAUGAACGAAAACGAUCACAAGAUGAUCGUCUACGAAAGGUCACCAGAAGAACUGGAAGACAAAGACGAUGAGAUGACCCUCGCGGAUCGCAUUACGCAAGAGAUAAUCGAGAAGUUGCGAGAAAAACCGUCCAAAGAUGAAAGGUCAAGAUACGAAGUCAUAAAAGAAGUGACGAAAGGUCACGAAAUCGCACAAGCGAAGGAGAAAAUGUGCGAAGCAUCAAAGGUCACAAAUAACGCUGCGAAGGGGCAGGCGUGUGACUUGCAACCUGAAAGACAAAUUCGGGAAUUUUACGAUGCUAGAACUAACGUUCCGAAGAGGUUUGACCGGUUGAGUUCAAAAGACAUCAACCAAAACGCGCAAGCGAAGGGGCAAGUGCGCGAAGUUCCAAAGGUCACGGAAGAUAAUAACGCUGCGAAGGGGCAAGCGCGUGACGUACCAUCCGGAAAGAGGAUCCGAGAAUUUUAUGACGUCCGACCGGAUGUUCCAAAGAGGAUCGACAAGUUGUCACCGAUAAAGAGUAUGAACCCAAGAUCGAGUGACCCAAUUCAAGUCCACUGCAGAAUCAGAGUGUUGAAACUUCAAGAUGGAAACACGCCCAAGCGAAUCGAAGCGCUGACUCAUGAAGUCAAAGUGGGGAACGUAAAGGUCAUGGCAAUGCUUGAUACAGGCGCAGAGACGUCUCUGAUCUGCCAACAGUUCUGCGAGAGGAAUGGCCUCCAGACUGUACCGCUACCGCCAAAGAGGACGGUGAUGAUCAAAGGAAUAAGCGGAACUUCAGGUUUUCAAGUAACGCACUAUUGCGUAGCGCCGGUGACCUUACGAAGGAAAACAACUCAACACUCUUUCUACGUCAGACCAGCGUCAGAUGACGUCCAGGUUUUGCUUGGAUUUGAUUUCCUUGCAAAGAAGUUCGUCUUAAUAGACGGAGAUGAAACGGAUGACGAAGACGCCGAUGAAGAUGAAGAUAAGGAAAAAGAUGAUGAGCCGAAAUCCACUGCGAAAGUUAACGCAGGAAAGGUCACCGAACUUCAGCCAAGAAAUGAAGCGGGGCAAACGGCUAUCCCAGUACCAGAGGCACAGGGAUCGAAAGGUCAACAGCAAAAAGACACUGGUGAUACGCUAAUCCCAGUACCAGAGGCACUGGGCAAAGAAAAGUCAAAAAGAAGUGAAAGGUCACCGAAGAUGAAAGGCAAUAAAAGGUCCCCGACUAUGGAACAAAUAAAGAUCAUGCAAGCUGAAGCACUGAUUGCGAAGAGAGACGCAUUAGUCCCUGGACUGGAGUGGUCGAAGCUAAUCCCAGUACCAGAGGCACCGGGCACGAAAAAGGUAGAGCCCAGGAAAGAAACGGGACUGAUGAAUAGUGACGAAAGAGCGCUAUUCAACGAUUUACGGGAGAAAGCUAUAGAGCAGUUGAAAGAUUCACGCUCCCGAAAAGAUAAACCAGAGCGUAGUUCAAAAGCUACUUUCGAACCACGCUCUGCGGAUGAAGAAAUAGAAGUCAUCGAGUUGUCAUCGGACCACAGCGCCAUCCAAAUGGAGUGUGACCGCGACUGGACGGAUACCGAAGACGAGGGUGACCUUAGCGUCCAACCGAAACCAAUUGAAUGGACAGCUGAAGAAAGAGCAACGGCAUGUGAUCAUGAUUGGAAAGAUGACCUUUCGAAAGUACAGCCGCAGGAGAAGUGCAUCCAGUGCUUACAAGAAGCAAGGCAGGAUGACCUUUCGGAAUGGCCGAAAUGCAACGCCGCAAUUGCAAGUCUCAAGAGAGGCGACUGGAUUGAAACGAAGUCAAUCAUGAGGACGCUUCCAAUGGAGCAGUUGCCAAAAGCAGCUUACCUCUGGCAAAGAUAUCGAGAAUGGUUGUCUCUAGUGAAAAACUACAUCAUCUCCAGAGGAAAAUGGCUCCAUCAUUGGCAGCAGGAAAUUGAUAAUCACAUCCCAGGUCAAGUGGACGAAAGCGAUCCUUAUUACACUGAACCUGUAUCCAAGCUCGAUCAGGAACGGCGACGAGCUAUGGAAGAAAACGAAUUAUGGGAAGCGGAAAGAAUUGAAUUAUUCUGGCAAUUCCGAACGAAUUAUCUAUGGAAAGGUCAAGGACGAGUCGUGAUUUUCCCAAUCGGACUCGGCACACCGGUGUACGAGCUGUUUGGCCUUUACCAGGAAUGCCUGAAGAAUGGAAGCCUGAAACCCUUCAACAAACAAUGGACAAAGAUUAUGCAAGAAGUUCCGACGAUCGUCGGCGAAGUGCCAGAACUAAGGGUCACAAGGAAAAGACGCCCACCAGGACCAUUCGGUUAUCCUGGAAAGAAGAAGGUGACCUUUGCACCGGACCCAGAUGGAGUCGAGUAUCCCGAACGAGGCGGCGAUACAUGGUGCAUGUACGAGACAAAACCAAGCGACGACUGGGUCACUGAAGAGUUGAUGGCAAAUUGCGUCUUCGUCGGCGGUAAAAGACCUAAAGGUCACGGCACAAGCGCCGUUCAAGAAAACGGCACAAGCGCCGAAGAAAAAGCAAAAGAGCAGGAUAACAGUACAAGCGCCGAAGAAGAACAAGAAAAAGAAGAUAUCGGCAUAAACGCCGUUCAAGAAGACGUCCAAGAUGACGAUGACAGAGAAAGGUCACCGUCGGCAUACGAAUUGUCCCAGAUGAUUAAGGAACUGAACCAAGCGUUUCGGGAUCAAGAAGCACGAAUCCCAGUAACAGAAGCAACUGAGGCUAAAAUGUCGCCAAACGAGAAGAAAGCAGCAGCGCUAGUAGCGUCACUCAAAAGGUCACUCGAUGAUGGUGAGGAAUGUCCACCAAUCGAGAAUGAAAGGUCACUCAAAGAGUUGCUGCAAGAAAAAGAGCCAGAAAGGUCAGUUCAUAAAAUCGACGAAAGGUCAGACCACGCAGACCGUGGCUCUCACAAUACUUUCGAACCACGAUCUGCCUCAGACGAAAAGAAGGAAAGGUCACGAGCAAGAAUCCGCGCAACGCGAGCUCAUCCAAGGAUAGCAGCACGAAACGGACGAAAGUCCAAGGAAACGGGCAAACCUCUGCCCGAGAAAUCGAAAACGAAAAAACUUAGCGCUUCCAAGGAUGAAAGCGAUGACCUUUCAACGUCAAGUGAAGAUGAAGGCGUGAUGGACCAACCGAAAGAGGAUCGAAGUAAAGGUCAGAUGCUGCAAGAGAACGGUAGCAGUGAAUCUGACUCGGACUGGUCAAGUACGAGUGGCGAUUCAACCACUUCAGAAGACUCAGGAGUGGAUGACCUUUCCGAACAAGAAGAUUUGAUGGAUCUUGACGAAGACGAUGAUAAGGAUGACGAAAAAGAAAAAGAAAUCGUCGUCAGAAGAAUAAAAGUGCAGAGAGCAAGAAUCCCUCAAGGGGCAAUCAAGGUCUAUAGCGAUCAAAGAAUCAAGAUCAGACCGAAUGUCUGCACCCGCGUCAAGACUAAGAUGGCGGAAUACGCCCCAAGAACUCAAAAGCUGAUGUUCACAGCGACACUACAGAAGGAUGUAGACGUCCAACCGUAUACGGGAGUGACGGAUCAUAAAGGGAAUCGAUUUGAAAUCGUCGUCGCUAACCGAAGUAAAAAGAGAAUGGGAAUUAGGAAGGGCCAAUUCCUCGGUUACGUUGAACCGUAUGAACACAUGGAGAGUGUAAAGGUCAACGCGGCGGUAAUCGCCGAUGUACUUAAUGAUCCGAAUGUCGACGCAAAGACGAAAGAAGAACUGAACGAUAUCAUCGAAAGACUCAAGUUAGGACCAGACCUAACUGAAGAACAAAAGAAUGAUGUACGAAAUGCAUUCUGGGAGUUCUGGAAGGUCUUGCCAACAUCAAAGAAACCGUACGGCGAUGUCAAAGGGGUAACGCACACUAUUGACACAGCCGACGCAAGGCCAGUAAAAUGCAACCCAGCACGAACUAGCUGGAAAGGUCGCGAAUUCAUCACGAAGCACAUCGAAGAGAUGUUGCAGCAAGAUGUCAUUGAACCGUCUGAUGCAGAUUGGAGUUUCCCGGUCGUACUGGCCGCAAAGAAAAAUGGUGACGGUACCAUGGGAACAAGGUUCUGUGUCAAUUACAUUCAGCUGAACAAGCUUACGAAGAAGAACAACUACCCACUGCCGAAUCCAGAUGAACUGCUCGACGCAUGCGCAGGCAACAAGUAUUACGGCAAGAUGGAUUUGCAAAGUGGCUUCUGGCAGAUCCCAAUGGAUCCAGCCUCAAAAGACAAGACGACCUUUGUCACCCAAGAUGGGAUGUUCAGAUUUAAAAGAAUGCCCUUUGGAGUAUGCAAUGGCCCAGCAACGUUUCAGCUGUGCAUGGAUAAAGUUUUGUCGAACGCUAAGAGAAUGGGAUGCGUUUUCGGCUACAUCGACGACGUUAUCUUCGCAGGAAAGACCUGGGAGAUCUUCAUGCAGAAUAUGAGGAACGUCCUUCAAAGUUUAGUCGACGCAGGCUUCACAAUCAAGCCAACGAAGUGCGAAUUCGGCAUGCGCGAAAUGGGUUUCUUGGGGCAUAUCCUUAGUGAGAAUGGCAUCAGAAUGGAUCCUGAAAAGGUCAUGGCAGUUUAUGAUCAGAAGAAACCGACAACUGAACGGCAGUUGAGGUCAUUCCUCGGAUUAGCGAAUUACUACCGGAAGUUUAUCCUUGGAUACGCGCAAAAGACAGCACAUCUUUAUGAACUGCUAAGACACGACAAGAAUAUCAAGAGAGACUGGUCAGAAGUCCACGACCAAGAAUUCAAUGACCUUAAAGAAGCAUUGUGCAAGGAUCCAGUGCUGAGGAAAUUCGAUCCGUCAAAGCCGACAGUGAUCGAGUGUGACGCAUCAAAGGAAGGGCUUGGUGCAGUCUUGUCCCAAGAUGGACAUCCCAUCGCAUACGCAAGCCGCGUUUUGCAUGGAGCUGAAAAGAAUUACGGAGUUACCGAAUGGGAAUGCCUGGCAGUAGUCUUCGCUGUCAGAAAGUUCAAGUCGUACAUCGACUACUCCGAAUUCACCGUAAGGACAGAUCAUCAAGCAUUGACGAAUCUCCUAAGGUCGGAAACGAACAAGUCGGGAAUGAACCCAAGAUUAACAAGAUGGGCAUUGGCGUUACAAGGUCACCGAUUCAAGAUCGAGUAUAAGCCAGGCAAGUACUGCGACAACGCAGAUGCACUGUCAAGAACGCCGAUUGAAGGUCCCACUUGCAAUGAAGAAGAGUAUGACGAAAUCCCGAACUUCGAAGAUUACAAGAAUGAGCUGAACAGAGAAGAGCCUCCGAUUGAAGUUUGGCAACUCUUCGUGCAAUUAGCAGAAGAUAGAGAAGAAAGGCUCAAAGCCGACAUGAGAAGGGCAAUGUCGGAGAGAAAGAAUCCUCAGCUCGCUAAGGAAGCCGCAGAGCGUAAUUCAAAGGUUACUUUCGAACCCCGCUCUGCUACCAAGAUAAAGGUCAACAGAGUGAGGAAAGAGACGCUAAAGCAAAAAGAUGCAAAGGUCACGAAACUCGGUCAGAGAAUGACAGACCAGAAUGACCUUUCUGAAGCAAAAGUCCUCGCCGAGUACAUACCGGACGAGUGUCCAAUACGACUGCUAAGAUUUCCGAAGACGAUUGAGAAAGGUCACAAGCCUCUUCCAAGAUGCAAGGUCAUCACAGAUUGGAAUGAACUCAGUACUGCGACAGUUCGCAUCGUCAAUCUUCAAGGAGACGAAGAAGAAGAGCAUGACUCAAAUUUGCAACUUCGGAAUAAACAGCUGAAAGAUCCGCAUCUAGCGAUGAUCAUUGAUGAAUUGGAGCAUCUGCAAGACGCAGAUAAAAGGUCAAAGUUCGAGACGCAUUACCAGUUAUGGAACGGCAUACUGUAUCGCGUCAAAGAUAAGAACGGCAGACUUGAAAGGACGUAUGUUGUACCGCUGCCAAUGAGAAGGGCUAUCAUUCAUGCACUGCCUGAUGAAAAGGCAGCAGGUCAUCUCGGCUUUGAAAAGACUUUGGCCGCAAUCAGGCUCAGAUAUUACUGGGACCGAAUGAGCACGGAUGUAAAGAACUACAUCCUCGCAUGCCAAGGAUGUCAAUUUCGAAAGACACCGAGAAAAUGUCCGCCUGGAAAGCUCCAAGAAAUUAAAGUCGGACAUCCAUUCUUCAGAGUUUAUGCGGAUCUAAAAGGACCUCUACUUCCAACAAAGAAGAAAGGAUAUAAGUACAUUGCGGUCUUCAUCGACCAGCUGACGAAGUACGUGAUAGCGGAGCCAAUGAAAACGGCUACGGCAAAAGAAUUUGCAAAGGUCUUUGUGAAGCACGUAAUUUUGGUACAUGGAGCGCCACAUAUACUCCAUACGGAUCGCGGAAGACACUUCACAGCUGAAGUCUUGAAAAAGGUCACCAACGUGUUCAAAAUCAAACACACGUUUGGAACGGCGUAUCAUCCCGAAGGUCAAGGACAAGUCGAAAGACAGAUGCAAACCAUCAGCGAUGGACUGUCUCAAUAUAUGAAAGCCGGGAAUGAGAGGAAGUUCAAUAAAUAUCUUCCAUACGUCGUAUCGGGAAUGAAUCGCGUUGUACAUGCGACGACGGGAUAUUCAGCAUACUUCAUGCUGCACGGCAGAGAAAUGACCAUGCCGGAAGAUGUCGUCACAAAGACGAACGUUCCCGACGAUUACGGUACUCCAGACGAAUGGGUGGAGACCAUGAAAAAGAACUUGACCUUUUCAGAGGAAGUUGCGAGGUGCAAUAUCAAGGACGCCUAUGAAAGGCAUGCUGAAAUAUACAAUAAAAAGAAGUCGGAACCGGAAUUCAAAGUCGGCGACCGCGUCUUGAUCAGACUUCCAAAAGACACGAAGCAAGGAAAGAAAGAAAAUCAAGCAGACUUUAAGAAAAAGUAUGACAAAGUCUGGAAAAUCCUUAGCUUCCCGAGGCCAAAUGAAGUUGAAGUUAUUGAACUUCAACUUCAUUCGGUCUCGGAAAGGAAGGAAGCAACGAAAGAACCAGAUAAAGCCUAA